UGUUUUUCUUUUUCUUUUUUUUUUGUUUUGAUUAUUUUAUUUCUAUUUAAUCUGUAUUUUUAUAUUUAAAGUGUUUGUAUCAGUUGUUGUUUAUUCCGUCAGAUGGAGGAGCUUAUGGAUAAAUAAAUAACUGAAAAAAAAAAAAAAGCAGGUGGUGGUGAUAAAUUAAAGAUGAACCGAUCAACAAAUAAAUGAUGCCGUAGUGACGGAGGGGGUCACGUGAUCGCACCUCGCGCUGCGGGAGUACUAGACUUCAUUCAGACUCCGACUGAGCACGAGGAGGAAGCAGGACGGCGUGAAUUUGGUCGAUGAGAGGAAACAAAGCGACAAGAGACUGAACCAGUUCAUACAUCGAACCAGGUCACACAUCCAUUAUUCAACAGACUCCGCCCCCCGCUAACAUCCACACCAUCUGAUUGGACGGUCGCAGCUGGACUCAGACAUGAUGCACCAGCUGUCGGUGACGGAGACUGUCCCGGUGUCCAAUGACAGUCUGGUCCAGUGUGAGGUUCCGUAUGAUGCGGGCCGCCUGCCUCUGGUGGUCCUGUACAGCGCUGUCCUGGUGGUCGGCCUGCCCUCCAACCUGCUGACCCUCUACCUCACCUGGCUGCAGGUGUGGCGGGGGAACGUCCUGUCUGUGUACCUGUGGAGUCUGUCCCUGUGUGACCUGACCUACCUGGGCACACUGCCGCUGUGGGCCACCUACGUCAACCGUCACCAUGAGUGGCCGUGGAGCUCGCUGGCCUGUAAAGUGACCGGGUACAUCUUUUUCAACAACAUGUACGUCAGCAUCUUCCUACUGGUCAUGGUUUCCAUAGACCGUUAUGUGGCUGUGGUCUAUUGUGUGGAGUCACGUGGCCUGCGGCGGCAGCGUCACGCCGUGGCUGUGUCCCUGGGCAUUGUGCUGCUGGUGGCUUUGGGUCACUUGCCUGUCUUCAGCAUGAGGGAGGGUGAUGCCGCCACGGGUGACCGCCGCUGCUUUGAACCAAGUCGGAGCAGUUCUGUGGUGACAGGCUUCAGCUACACCCGUGUGGUGGUGGGCUUCCUUAUCCCACUGCUGCUGCUGAUAGUGACAAACCACCGCAUCUUGAGCAGUGUCCAGCUCAGCACAGGGCUGCGGCGUAAGCAGAAGGACCAUGUGCGGCGGUUGGCGGUGGCAGUGGUGGUGCUGUUCCUGGUGUGCUUUGCACCGUAUCACCUGAUCCUCCUGAUCCGGGCCAUGCUUUCCCACUUCCCCCGACUGGACAGCAACACCUGCCUGUUCGAGAGGAAGUUGUACACACCCUACACCAUCUCCCUGGGCCUGUCCACAAUCAACAGUGCUGUCAACCCCAUCCUGUACGUCCUGUCCAGUGACAACAUCCGCAAAGAGCUGAGCCGCGGCCUCAUGCAACUCUGCAGCUGCCGCCGGAACCAGAAUCUCAGGACACAAACUGACAGCAGCCAGAACCAGAAGGAUGCUACCAAAAACUCCUCUGAGGAAUCCAAAAUUACAAAGACCACCAACAGCCCAGCUCAGAGACUGCCAGAAGAAGCCACAGGACUCUAGUGGACUCUACUGGACUCAAAACAGUGUUUACAUUUUACCUUUGAGUAUGCUGAUGCUGUUACCAUAGCGACACCUUAGCACUAGGUGUAUCCCGUAAGGCAAGAGAAUGGACUUCCUAAGAGCGCAAGUCUCAAGUUGACAGUAGCACGAAAUGCAUCUCGGGAUAUUUUCCAGCCGAGUCCACACAAGUCACCAACCAGUGCAUCCUUGGUUUAAUGGACAAGAAAAGAACAACAUCCAGGAAUUCCAUUUGAUCUUGGUUUGUGCGAACAGUGGAACAGUACUUGGGCCUCAGCUGAUGACACUUCACAAGAUUGCGAGAACGGACAAGAACGUGUUUUGAGAAACGGCUAAAGUCUGUUGUUGUUACCAUGACAACACAGCCUCACUGUCCCAGAUUGUACAGAUGCUGUAGAUGUAAACUGACUCAGUGGCCUGACAGGAAAUGUAGGUGGCUGCUGCUCAGGUUCAGCUUCACUGUGAAUAUUUUUUUUACUGAGUUUAAUUUUUAGUUUUCCACAUUUUAUACACAUAUGUUAAUAUGUAAAUUACAUUCAUGAAAUGCAUCAAGUAUGUUGUUAUUUAUUCAUUAUCUUUCCUGCUCUUAAACAUGCUUUAAUUAAAUGUUUUUUACUCUGAGUUAGAUGUGAUGUGUAGAUGUGUUUAUUAGUCACUGUGAUCAACUGAAAAGAGUCGUGAAAACUGAGCUCAUUAGUGACCUUCAUCGACAUACAUAUUUCUCACAGGAUGGGCAUAAAUCAACUGAGUAUGAUGCCUUAUGAAUUUCAGCAACAGGAAGUGAGUCAAUGUUUCCUGUACAUGUGGUCAGAAACGUUGCUGAAUUUUGGAGAAGCGUAGUGUUUAAUCUGAGAUGUGACGAAAAGAGGAAGUAACACGUCGAGUUUCAUUUAACAGACUUAUGCGUCUCUGCAGAUGAAGUGCACUAAGACUAAAGGUGCACCUUUAGAUAAAAAAAAAAAAAAAAACCACAAGAAAAGUACACAAAACUGAGAUUUUACUUCAGCCUCAGUUCAGUUUCAUGUCAUUCUUUUUAAAGUCACCUGGAGAAGCAGGUGAGCCUUAACGAAUAUAAUUAACAUAAUUAAAUCCAAACAGUGUCAUGACUAAAGUUAGAAUCUAUGUUACAUUCAAAUUAAUAAAUAUAAACAUGAUAGUUAAAAAUCCUACACAACCAUUUGUUCUGUGAUCAUAUAUUAGAGAUUUGAUUCAGUUUAGACAUGAUCGACAGAGAAACUCCCCCAGACUUAACCAGAUGUUAGUGAUCUAAAAUGUUUAAUAACUUUUAA